AUGUCGCUCCCCCCUCAGCUCAUUCGCGUCAAGCGCAAAGCGACAGAGGACGAGCCCGUCUCAUUCCUCCGCGUCCAAGAGCACAAGCGCCAUUUUACCGAGGCCUUUGUGUACCAGCGCCAGAAGCAGGAGGCCGCAUUCGCCGACAUUCCCUCUGUCCAGCGACCCAUCAUUCAUACGUCCGCCCCCCUGCAAGAUGACACCACAUUCCAGAGUCCCAGGGACAAAAACACCCUCGAAGCGAGAAAGGAGGGCAAUGGGAAGGACUCGGCGCCGCCAGGCAACGCCGCUGGUGCGCCUAUCUCUCCGACAGAGCAGCGGCGUUUCCAUAUGUCAAGAGCCGACAUGAUGCUAGCCACUUCGAACUACCCAAGCCAACGCAACCAUGGCGGCGUCUCCAAGAAACGCGCAGCGCCUGCACUGUUCGUUGAGCGCAAGAUCAAGAGAUUGCCUUCCACCACCAUCAGGAGCGUUGCACGUGGGCUCAAUGAGCACGUCUCGAGAGACUCCUCGGCCGAACCCCCGCCUUCUGUGCAGCAAUCUGCCCAACCAGGGGAUAUGGAAGUAGACACGACCGAUUCCAAGAAGCUCAAGAAGCCCGGACUGGCAAAAGAGGCUCGGGGGACUGACACGCCCAAGAAGGCCGAGUUGCCUGCCAGCAUGACGAACCGAUGGAAUGUCGACUUGGAUCAGUUGACCGCUGACAUGAAUGCUUUCGCCAUGGAACAGAUAGGACUGAACCUUCAGCGUGCUGAGGAAGAGAAUCAGAGAAGAGAGAAAGCAGCGCGUCAACCAAAAUAUGCUGUAUCACAGGCCCGGCAGGCCCCGCAGUCGCCAUCUAGAUUCAAGCCGAAAGCCCCGGCCAAGAGAUACGCCGAGCGGCAUCCCGGAGAGGCCCAAGUGAAUCAGGUUGAUCAAGAAACAGCUACGCCCGCUGUCGGUGCUAGUGAUACCGAUGACGACGAGUAUAUCAUCGAGACCUAUGUUCGUGUGCCCGUUAGUACCAUGGAGAAGCAGCAGGUAGCGCCACAAAGCAUCGGCUUGCUAGUGUUUGACGAGGAGCCGGAUCUGGAGUUCUUCUACGGAGAAAACAGCGACAGCGAAGACGAGUGGGCGGAAGAGCAGGAAGACGAAAAUGCCGAAAACUAUUACACGGCCGACUAUCCUGACGAAGAGGUGGCCUCCGACGAUGAGUUUGGACACAAUGCUUAUGCCUACAGAACUGGCAAUGCCUCUGAUCUUGAGGAGUAUGAUGUCAACGGCUAUCUAGACAGUAGCCCUGAUGAAGACUCGACCGAUAAGGACGGCUUCAAGUCUUUCGUAGGGAGGGAUGGCCGCGUUAGACGACAUCUUUGA